UGAGCUGCUGCAGGUCUGACUGGAGAGCUUUUCACUUUCCCUCCCUCUGUGGUGAAACCAUCAAGCAAACAGAGCACUGCAACGCCUGACCAGCUCUCUGAUGGAUUAAACUGGAGCUCCUAUUUUGUUUACACACAGGCUGUGCAGCUGGACUGAAAAAUGAGUACCUGGUGGCUCCUAAAGAUCUUGAUCCUCACCCUGGCACUGUCAAGCCCGACCAGAGGCCAGAAGAGAAGGAGGAAAGGGCAGAAAGAUGACAACCAGAUCAUCGUUAAUGAGGCCAAAACCCUGAUCUGCCCGGUUGAGAUCAUGUUCAUUGUAGACAGCUCGGAGAAAGCCAAAACUCUGCUGUUUGAGCGACAGAAGGACUUCAUCCUUCGCUUCAGCACCAAGCUCAUGCAGCUCCACUCGUCGGGCUGGCGUCUGCGGCUGCGCCUGGCCGCUCUGCAGUACAGCAGCACCGUGUCAGUGGAGCACAACUUCAGAGACUGGCAGGACUUGGACGUCUUCCAGAGCCGGGUGGCCUCCAUGACCUUCAUCGGCCACGGCACCUACUCCUCUUACGCCAUCACCAACGCCACCAAGGUGUUCAGCCGCGAGACCUCCCCCAGCAGCCUGAGGGUGGCACUGCUGAUGACGGUCGGAAAUGACCACCCACGCAGCCCCAGCGCUGUGAUGGCCGCUGCUGAGGCCAAACAGCACAACAUCAGGGUGUUCACCAUCAGACUGUCAAGCCUGCCAAAGGAUGAUCCCAUGGAUGCAAAACUGCGAUCCAUUGCAAGUGCCCCCCCACAGCAGCAUGUCCUCAGUCUCGCCGACAGCCAUCUGGAGGACAAGCUCUUCAGUGAACUAAACACAAUUGUCAAAACUGGGUGCCCACAGCCAAAGACCUGUUUGUGUGAGAGAGGAGAGAGGGGUCACCCCGGAAAUCCAGGGAAACCAGGCGAGCCGGGGUCUGAUGGAUUUCAAGGUCCAAAGGGAUCUCGCGGGGAACCUGGCAUUAAUGGACGUCCAGGAAUGGAAGGCCUUGGGGGUCGACCUGGAAGCAAAGGGGAAAAGGGAGAACAGGGUGAAUGUGGUGCCCCUGGUAAAAAGGGAGAACAAGGUUCAGAUGGACCUCCUGGCCCCAGAGGACCCAGAGGGGAGCAGGGAGCCAGGGGAGGACCUGGAGACCAGGGUCCAGAGGGGCAAUCUGGAUCUAAAGGUGAUCGAGGACUGAGGGGUGUACCUGGACCACCAGGAGAUAACGGCGUUGGGUUCCCUGGACCAAAGGGUGACAAGGGGAACCAUGGAAGACCAGGUCCUCCUGGACCAAUGGGAAGGGGCGAACCAGGAACACUGGGUCCAGCAGGGCCACCAGGGAUGCAAGGAUCUCCAGGGUUUCCUGGUGAGGGUCUCCAAGGGCCCAAGGGUGACAGGGGUUACGAGGGUCCCAAGGGCAGCCGUGGACCUACAGGAGUCGGGUACAAAGGUGAUAAGGGAAACACAGGAGCCUCUGGGCUGCCGGGUUUGGUGGGGUUUCCAGGGGCAGGCAUCCAAGGAGAAAAGGGUGAACAAGGGCCUGUUGGACCUUCUGGGCCGAGAGGACCUCCUGGACUUGGUAUAGUCGGACCAAAGGGUGACCAGGGUUUCCCCGGAGAGCCCGGACUUCAGGGAGUGAGGGGUGUUGGUGAGCCAGGACCAAAGGGAGAGCCAGGGCCCGAUGGUUCACCUGGGAUACCCGGCAUUCCUGGUGAGGAUGGAGCUGUUGGGUCUAAGGGAGAGAUGGGGUUGCCAGGUCUGCGGGGCCUAGAGGGAGAUCCAGGGAAAGGCAUUCCUGGAGAAAAGGGAGAUAGAGGUGACCGUGGCCCUAGGGGACUUUCAGGGUCUCCAGGCCCAUCUGGACCUGCUGGAGCUAAGGGAGAGCCUGGCAGUCCAGGAAUGACGGGCCUACCUGGACCUGCUGGACAGGGUUUACCUGGACAAAAGGGAGAUCCCGGCCCGGUAGGACCUACUGGACUUGUCGGAGAACCUGGGGUCGGAAUCAUCGGACCAAAGGGUAACAAAGGAAAUCUUGGGCCUGUGGGGCCACCAGGAAAGAAGGGGGAUGGAUUCCCAGGACCACAGGGGCUGCCUGGCUUACCAGGGGUGCAAGGAGAAAUGGGACCAGAGGGGAAAGGACUACCUGGAUCGAAGGGUGACAGAGGUUUACCAGGGGUGCCGGGGCCAUCAGGUCCUCCCGGAAUUGGACUUUACGGAACAAAGGGCUCCACAGGGCAACCAGGUCCACCAGGUCUGCUAGGGCCUCCAGGAGAGGGCAUCCAGGGACCAAAGGGAGAGCCCGGGUUUCAGGGGCCAAUGGGUCCUCGGGGGGCACCAGGAGAUGGCCUUCCAGGGGAAAAGGGUGAUAGAGGCAUUCCCGGAGACCGAGGGAGGAAAGGUGACAGGGGAGAUUAUGGCGAACCUGGAUCUACGGGGCCGAUGGGGAGAGAUGGAGAAAAGGGGGAGCCAGGGCUAACGAGAGAAGAAGUCAUCAGGAUAAUAAGGGAAAUCUGUGGUUGUGGUCUGAAGUGCAGAGAGAGCCCUCUGGAGCUAGUGUUUGUCAUAGACAGCUCCGAGAGCGUCGGACCAGAAAACUUUGAGCUGGUGAAGGACUUUGUUAACGCUCUCAUCGACCGGGUGUCGGUGAGCCGCGAAGCCAGUCGUAUUGGCGUGGUCCUCUACAGCCAUGUGGAGAUGGUUGUGGUCAGUCUGCAGCAGCAGUCAAGCCAGGAUGAUAUCAAGGCUGCUGUCAGAAAGAUGCCUUACCUGGGCGAGGGCACCUUCACAGGCAGCGCCAUCCAUCGAGCCAACCAGCUGUUCCAGGCCUCCCGGCCCGGUGUGAGGAAGGUAGCUGUGGUUUUAACGGACGGACAAGCCGACUCACGCGACGUCUUGCAGUUUGAGCAAACGGCAACAGAAGCCCACGAGCAAGGGAUAGAGAUGUUUGUUAUAGGAGUCGUGAACAGGACUGACCCUCUGUAUGAAUUGUUCCAGGCAGAGAUGAAUGUAAUUGCCUCUGAUCCUGAUGACGAGCACGUCUACCUCAUAGAUGACUUCAGGGCACUUCCCACUGUGGAAAGCAAAAUACUGAGUCGGAUUUGUGAGCAGGAUGAUACAAUGGUAUUUCUACCAAAGUCUGUUACGGAAAUCCUCCCGGAGGCUCCAGAGGACAGCAUCCACAAAGAGUUCCCAGAUGAGGAAAUCAUACAAGUCGAAAUCCCAGUGGAAACAGUAACAGCCCCGACUCUGCAUCCCCAGGAGUCAGGUCGAGCUAACAAGAACCUGGUCGACGGUAAAGUGUUGGUGACGCCAGACAUCGUGUUCGCCUCUCCUGGGGGCAGGGGGCGGCAGGGCCCUGGGGUGAACUCCGUGGUGGGUCCUAAAACUCUGACUGACUGGCUGUAUGAGGAAGUGAGCACACAGACACCAGUCAGCCCUCCUCCUCCACCCCUCACAGACUCACCGCUGCCAGAUCAAGGGUGCAGCCAGCCACUGGACCCUGGUCCCUGUCGACAGUACAAAGUCAGGUGGUACUACGACCCUGAGGCCAAUGCUUGUGCCCAGUUCUGGUACGGAGGCUGUCAGGGCAACGCCAACAACUUCGAGACUGAAGCCGACUGCAAGAACGCCUGCGUCUACACGUAACAGACUGUGUGGCCGGAAAGCAAAAUGGACAGAUGACGUAGGCUUUACUGUUUGACCAGCGCCCGGGCUUGCAGCUGCUGCUGUGGUCACUCUUUACACUGCUGCAGUUGACGGAGAUGACGGGGAGAGGACUUGGACCUUCUAACUGUCUCUCGGGCUACGUUCACACUGCAGGUGCUCCUGCUUACUUUGAACUGUUGCACAUGCCCUAGUAACUACUUCUGUCUGCUCUGUGAUGUACAUCUAAACCAACACAAGCCUAAACCUCACAGGAGUAAAAAAGGACUGGUUAAACAUGCCAUCCCAAGUGCAAUUCAUUUUCACUUUGUUGUUUGUUUUUGCCAUUUACACAGCCUCUUUCCUCUUUCCUUCCUACACUUUACCAAAGAACGUGUGUCACAUAGUUAGUUCAGCUUAUUCUGUUUGAGUUAUUCAGGACACCAGUUAAACCAAAGAUAGCCAAUCAUUUCACUAUGUGAUAGAAACCCAUGAACUAUGCUCUAUGCAACAUGAUAAACACAUACUUAAGUUUAUUCCGUUGCUGACCUGAGGUUUUUUCUUAUUGAUGGGUCUCCACAAGAACACAAAAACAUGGAGCAUCUCAGGAGUCUCUAAAAAACUGACAUGGCAGAUGACACCGUUUUAAAAAACACAGACCUAAAUCUCACAGAUAUGUGUGAUUGAAUUCUUAUUGAAUGAUCUGACAUCCCAAGCAGCGGUUUCAUGCUUUAUGUGAUAUUAGGACUUGUUCCUUUUUCUUACAAAUUCAAUGGAUCUGUAUUUCCUGAAAGGCCUAAAAAUCCCUAAUGUUUUUAACACACAUUUAUUACAAAGUAACACAGAUCUCAAACUGCUCUCUGAGCUGAUGAAACUCAACAAAAAGCGCACAGACACAUGUUAAACACACCUUCCCUCUACAAAACCAGACUUUCUGGUAUUGUUUUUGUUAUUAGCAUUUCAGAUCGCUGAUAGUGUCUUUCAAGGAAGAGCUCAACAUUUUUUGAAAGACAUUUAUUUGCUUUCUUUUUAGAAUUAGUGGAGAAAAUCAUCUUAUGUCUGGACGCUGAAGAGCUUCUGCGCUACAGACAGCAGCAGGUCAGAUUAGCUUAGCAUAAAAACUGGAAACAGGCGGCCAUGGCGCAAAACCUUUGUAAGAAUGCCUGAAUUGUCCACUGCUUGAUUAGCAACUUGUUCCGCCAUUCAGUUUGUGUACAGAUGAAACAAACUAAAUAAAACAUGCUGAAUAGUG